AUGCCGGAUUCCUGCUGUGUGAUAGGAUGCAAAAAUAGAAGAAUAGGAAAUCGUCUGAGUUUUUAUCGAAUACCGAGAGCAUGCACUGCCAAAGAAAUUCAUCGUCGUCAACUUUGGUUAAAAGCAAUCAAUCGAUCCAAUUGGUCUACCAAGAAGAUUGCUAAUGCUCGAAUAUCUAGCCAACAUUUUACUACAGGGAAGAGAUCAGAUAAUCCCGAUCAUCCAGAUUAUAUUCCAUCUAUUUUUACAUCUAAUAAAGAGUUGAAUAUGACCGAUCAUCAGGAGAUUCGUCAAUCUGGAGGACUGACUGCUAAUUCAUCAAUCAAUCUUGGCAAAGAAACUCACUCCGAGGUUGGAAAUAGAGUAAUAAAGAUAAUAAAAAUUAUUGACUUUCAAGCUGGAGUACCACAGCAGCAAUACCAUAGUAGACAAAUCGGUGAUUGA